UAGGACGGAUGGAAUAGACCGGUCAAGGUAUAAUGUUGAAUAAGGGGAUGUGCUUGUUUUUUUUUGCCAGGGAACUUGAAAAGAAGAGGCUGUCAAGAUGCCUGAGACUGGCGGUGCAUCAGUUGCUCCCAAGAAGAGUCUGACACUCGAUGACCUCAUCGCGGCCAUCGACCGACAUGAGAGGAAUCCGAGCAACAUCCCAAAGGUCGAUACUUUCCAUUUCUGUGGGGAGAGAGUCUCGGAAUGGCUAGAGAGGGUGGAACAAACUUUGGUUGGGCGGUCGGAUGUUGUAAAGUUUCAACGCAUCCUUCAGUAUGUCCUCCAUAACUACCAUCAGGAGGUGAAGAAAGUCAUAGAUGCGGCUCAAGGUAGUUGGGAGAGGUUCAGGGAGGGGAUGCAGAGGAAGUACCGCUUGGGAGACGAGCUAUUGACUACCGCAGACCUUGAGGCGAUGAACAAAGAGGAUUUUACGACAAUAGGGACUUUUGUUCAAGAAUUUAAGAAGAGAGCGCGGAAGGUCCAUGGGAUUUCGGAGGAAGCACAAUGCGCCAUCUUCCUGGGGCUACUCACGACAUCGGAGGCCGUCGAGUUGACGAGGCAUGGAGGAGGUAGCACUAAGCUCAUCUGGGCCACCAUUGACAGAGGGGUGAAAGUUGGGUGUUUGGACCAGGUGGGGCAACGUCAGGUACGCCUGCAAAGGCAGAAGAGAAAGGAAAGAGAUGCGACUGCUUCUGGGACCCCGAGGAUAACAAGGAUUGUUAUAGACGUGUUGGGAGAGCUAGGGUAUGCGACAGAGCCGCUGGUGCAAAGGAGGGUGGUGACGGCUGUCAAAGUGAAAGGAAAGGAGCCGGUGAUAGAGGAGGCUGUUCAGGAAGAGCUCUGGAAAGAUGAAGAGUCGGUGCCGCAGCACCUGACGAAGGUCCAACGCAAAUGUUGCAGGAGGUGGGAACCAGAGCCAGGGCAAUCAAGGCAACGGAGGGAGGGGUGGAGGAAGGGGGCGAGGCACGAAUGGCGGCGGAAAAGGAAGGCAAUGGAAUGGUCAAGGCCAGGGGUACCAAGGCCAGGGAUACCAAGGCCAGGGGUACCAAGGCUAGGGAUACCAAGGCUAGGGAUACCAAGGCCAGAGGGGUAUCAAGACCAGGGGGAUCAGGGAAGCCAGGGGUAUGGAAGACCCCGUUUUGACUGGAGGACGGCCAGCUGUCAACAUUGUGACCAGCAAAGCUACACUAUAAGGUUCUGUAAUACAAGACGGGAAGACGAGAGAAGCGGACUGAUUUUCUCCACUAUGGAUGGGAAUAUCUACGAUCAGUUUGCGGAGGCAAUUGACAGAAGGCUUGGAGGAGUGAGGGUUGAAGCCCAACGAAGAGCGGCAGUUGGGCCGCCACCCCCUGCCAUGUUCAGGUUAUGGCAGGAAAAGCAGGAACCACCGAUUGGGGUAGAGGAAGUGGGGAACGAUGAGGAAGUGGCUCAAGGGCAACGAGGAGGAAGUAAGACGGAAGAGCCCAUGAUCAUCGAGUCAGAUGACGAGGAUGAGGAGGAAAGAAUGGAGCCUCCGUCCGUCUUAUUUGGGAAGAUGGAGGAGCUGCUGGAUAAGAUGGGGAGGUACCAUCAGAAGUUGGUGGACCUCUGUGAGGAAGUGAAGGGAUGGAGGUCUAACAUCCCCAAAGUGUUCCUCUAUGACUCCGGUCCGGAGUCAGCGCCUGGGCGACCCGGAGUAAAUGUGGUGGGGUCGUGCCCACAAUCGGGAAUGAUGGGGACACCCCUCACUCCGCAGACCCGGCUGGCACAGGCAGCGCGAACGAGGAAUCAAGCCAAGGCCAGUGCCAGCCAAGUGCCUCCAAGGAGGGAAACCGAACCAAGGAGAAGGAAAGAGGCUGUGGAAGUAGAGGACGACGAUGAUGAAGAGGACGAGGACGAGAGGCUGCGCAGAGAAGAGGAUCAGAGAACGGAGCAGCGGGCGAGAAAAAAGGGAACUAGGGGAGAGGCCGAGCCAGUCAUACGUGACGGACCACCCAAAAAGAAGAAAUACGUGGUUCGGUUGGAAGAGGGAUUUGACAUAGAGAGAGUAAUUGACAGGCUGCUGGAAGGGCAUAAUGACCUCAUGACCCUGAAGGAAAUCCUAGCGUCAGCCCCGCGACUCCGCGAUGAACUGAAGGGGAGAUUGUCGCGGCGCCUGGUACCCAAUGUCCAUCUGGGACCGUGUCGUAUCAACGAAGGGAACGAGGAGGAGUUGAUCAUAGGGGAGUCCGACUUCCUACUGCCUCAAGACCGGAUAUUGGUGGUGGAAUUGAUGAAGAGGAGGCAUCGCGCCUAUGCGUUUAGCGAUGAGGAGCGUGGCAGGCUGGAUGUGGACAAGAUACCUAUGAUCCGCAUCCACACCGUGCGACACGAGCCUUGGAACAUGAGAGGGGCGCGAUACCCCAAUCCUGACGAGAAAAGGAAGGUGGUGGAUUACCUCGACGGCAAAAUACAUACGCACGUCGCCGACUAUUCUAGUGGACCGUAUGCGUCCCCGUGGUUUUGCUUCAUUAAGCCUAACGGGACGCUGCGAUGGGUGCAAGAUCUGCAGAGGUUCGAUGCGGUGACUGUGCGAGAUGUUGGAGGACUGCCAAAUGCGGAUGCAUUGUCGGAAUCCCGUGCUGGAAGGCCUAUAAUUUUGCUUAUAGACCUUUACUCAGGAUACGAUCAGUUUCCAGUCUACCCGCCGGAUAAGCCUGUGACGGCUAUGCACACGCCGCGAGGAUUAAUCCACAUGAACGUGGCCCCUCAAGGUUGGACCAACACGAUAGCUAUGGUCCAACGGGCCAUGAUUCGGGUUAUGCAGUCAGUCAGCCCCCAUAUUACACAGCCAUACAUCGACGAUUUGGCGGUGAAGGGGCCGACAGUAAAGGAGAGCGACGAAGUCUUGCCAGGGGUAAGGCGCUUUGUUUGGGAGCACCUCCAGGACCUCGAAAAAGUCCUGAGCCUGCUCGAGGAGCAUAACCUCACGGCAAGCGGGGCGAAAUCCAGACACUGUAUGAGGGGAGCGACUAUUUUGGGGUUCAUCUGCAGCGAGAAGGGCCGAAGGCCGGAUGUGAAGAAGACGGACAAGAUUACUGAGUGGCUGGUUCCGUUCCACUCAAUAACUGAUGUCAGGAGCUUCCUUGGAAGGCAUCGAGGGGUACAAGCCACAUAUGCCAAGAUAAGUGAGCUAUACUACUUGGAUGGGAUGAUGGAUAUGGUCGGGAAGUUCUGCCGAUCUUGCGUACCUUGCCAGGAAAGAUCCCGUUUAAGGCAAGGAGAGUCGAUGCAUCCAAGGGUAGAGCGAGAGGUGGGGGUCGUAGUGCAUCUCGAUCUACUUUUUAUGCCGCUUAGGGAUCAGGGCUAUAACUACAUCUUCGAUGCGCGCGAUAACCUGUCUGGGUUCGUAGACGGACGUGCUAUUCACACAAAGACCGGGUCGGUCCUGGUGAGCUGCAUCGAGGAGUAUUACCUGCGCUAUCCUUUCGUCAGGGAAUUCGUAAUGGACAGGGGACCAGAGUUUACCUGCCAGGAGGUACAAGAAUUGUUAUCAAGGUCUGACUUUACGAAGACACCCAUGCCAAGAGGAGGGAAGGGGACACGGCCGCCUCAGAGGCCGUUGGGCGCAUCAGGAGGAUAUGAGCGGCAUGGGCCUCAUCAUCGAGGGAGUACUCCGGUCUACAAUGAUGGGGACAUCGAGCUAUUCCUGGACAGUUUCUGGGAGCAUGCGAGGCGUAUGGGCUGGAACAUGGCUCAGGCGAUUGAGAGAUUGAGGGGAGCAAGCAGAUUCGAGGAGCCCAUUGCCAGGAUUCGUAGGGAGGCGACGACAAGGCAGGAGGUGGAGUUGAGGAUGGAGGAGUUGCGACCCUCGCCUGUGGGACCAGAUGGCAGGCCAAUCCGCCUGGAGAUUGGAAAUGCGUCGGACUUCAUCCCCGCGUUUGAGUGGUUCAUGCAGGGGCAGGGUAUACCGAGAGAUGAUUGGAUGCAGACGCUACCACUCUGGACCAGGAAGGCAGAAAGGCUACUGGCCAGCCAAAUCAGAAGCAUGGCCCUGGACUGGGAGAGCUGCAGGGCACAUCUGAGAGAGGCCUUUCGACGGCCAGAGCCCCCUCAUCCCAGAGUUGAGAGGCAUCAGAGGAGUCAGAGGCAGAGGGACCCUGAGCCUAGGGAGGCGAGACCGUCUCAAGGAGGACGAAAGGCCCUAGCCAGGAGAGAAGAGGAGCCGGAGCAGGAGCCAGAGGUUGAAGAGCGAGGGGCAUACCCUGAGUGUGGGUUGCGACCAGUGGAGUUUCAUCGUUUUACUGAGGGUGGAUUGAGGAGGUCGCCAACACACACACAGGAGGAGCCGCUAGUGUCUGAGGGGCCUUUGAGGGAGUUGGAGACACAUCUGGAUAUCUCUCAGUGGAGAGCGUCGCCUCAGGGUGAGGAGCAUGGAGAGCAGGCAGAGGAGAUGCCACGAGAGGAGGUGUCACGAGAGGAGGUGCCACGGAAGGAGGUCCAAGAUACUCAGCGCGAGAGAGGGCUGGGCGAUGUGGGGAGACGUGCAGGGAAGGAAGUGAUAGAGGUUGGAGAGGACACACCCCCACAGACGCCAGCAAUGGGUUUGAAACUCGGGGAUGCACCAGGGAGCACCCGGCAGGCAGAGGAGAGGUUGCAGAGAGAGGAGGUCCCAUUAUCUUCAUCAGGAAAGGCUCCUUCGCCAGAAGAUAGGGCAGAAAGGAGGAGAGAGAGGGCAGCUGUAAGGAGAGAAGCCUUGAUCCUGAUUGACAGGCACCUAGUAGCUCAUGCCUUGGAGCACCCAGACCUGGAGAAGCCAGCACCUGCAGAGCCUCGCCAGGAGCCGUACCAGCCCGAGAAGGAGAUGGAAGCAGAGAUCCCAAAGAGGGUCGACCUCCGCAUGAGGGAAAGAGCGCCACCUGGAGAGACAGCAGAGGAGAAGAGGGCGAGAAGAACCAGGAGGAUAGACGAUAUAUGGCAAGAGAGGCAGAGGUUGGAGGCAGCGGGGGAGCUUCUGGAGGAGCAGCAGGAGAGGCAGAGAUCAGAGGCAGCAGGGGCACUCCCAGGGAAAAAGAUGAAGGAAGCAAGCCAUGGAGUACGCCUGGAGGCUAUGGAGGUGGAAAUCCAGGAACUCAGGGCAUUGGUGGCCAGCCAGGCGGCUAUCAUUGAGAGCCUGAGGCAGCAAACCCAGGAAAAGAUGGACAAGCUAGAGAGCAGCAGGCAGGGAGAGCAGAGGCAGCCAGGACAUGGGUUACCAGGACAGCCAUCUGCAGCAGAGCCUCGCCCGGAGCCACCUAUGGGAAGAGUUAUCCUGGAGCCAGAGGAGGCGAGAGCCCAGAGACAGACAGAGAGAGAGGCGUUCAAGUUUAGAGCCCCUACUGAGCUCGCGACGCUGCCAGUGGCAGCGGCAGGCCCAGUCGUACCUUUGGCGAUUGAGGAGGGGCUACCGCCAUCUAGCAGUGAGUCGGCUCAGGGGUCAGCAGAAGGAUCCAUGGGCGUACUCCUUGAGGCAGUGCAUACCAUGCAGGAGGAGGCGAGUUUGUUUUCACCCGAGCAGAGGAUAGAGGAGCCGCUUGAGAGAGAGAUGGGGACUGAGGCGGAGGGUGCCAUCGAGAGCAGGCUCCAGAGGAUGGGCACACCUGAGUAUGGACCAGAGGAGAUUAAGGAGCAGCCCACGGCAGUGCCAGGAAAGACACUCGAGAGGAGACCUCAGAGGUUGGACACGCCUGAGAACGUCCCAGCGACAGGGGAUUUGAGAAGCAGACUGGGAUCUUGGACUACUGGAUCUGGGUCUAGGGGACCGGUUCCUAGGACAGAGCAGCAGGAGGUCGUUAGUACCGCAACUCCUCGAUCAGAGCAGCAGGAGGUUGUCAGUACCUUAGUAGGAUCUCCUUCAUCGCCACCUCCUCAGCCUAGGAAGAAAAAGUUCAAGAGGAAGGUAGAUCAACUAUGUUUCUACUGCAAGAGGGACAUGCACCAUGCUCUGGAUUGUCUCGAGUUUCUUGACGAUAAGGCAGCAGGGAAGGUCUCAGAGGUAGGAGGUAAGAUGUAUGAUAGACAGGGUAGGAUAGUAGAGAAGUCCGCAGAUGGACUUAGGGCUCAGUUAUAUAGGCAAAACCAGGAGGAGUUCAGGAGAUAGUGUCGGUUUGUCUAUGUAAGUGGGCGAGUAUC